AGAUGGCGAAGCAGCAGUUGUCACAGGGAGCUGAGGUUGGCUCGGCUGUAGUUCUCUGAUGUGGCCUUGAGUGGGUGAGUGUGAGGGAGAGAGAGAGAGAGACGCGGGGCGAUGACGUCUCCAAUCUGCUGAUUUGCUACAUGGAGCCGGAGAGGUGGAUGUGAGCGAGUGCGGCGCGCACUGUGAACUGUUUUGUAUGCUGCGCUAAUAAUAGCGUGCAUAAUUCGGUGACUACCUCUAGACUGAGGCCGCUACUGAAUGAAAAGACGAUUGUAUCGAUAUAUAAAAAAACACAGACGUGUUUAUUUGGAAAGAGGGGAAAAGGUAACUGAACACCUCUACGCUAAGCCGUGUAACCAACAGCCAUAGGCAGCCUCAUGAGUUGGUUCAGCGUACAGCAGAGUGGUGGAUUUGAUUAAAAAUGGGAUUAAUAAAGCUUCAGAACCCCAGCCAUCCCUCGGCACUCCUUCACAAAGCCAACCAGAUGCGACUUUUGGGGACUCUGUGUGAUGUGGUGAUCCUGGUGGACAGUCAGGAAUUUCAUGCCCAUCGGACUGUGUUAGCUUGCACGAGCAAGAUGUUUGAAAUUUUGUUUCUUCGCAACAGUCAGCAUUACACCUUGGACUUCCUUUCACCAAAGACUUUCCAACAGAUUCUCGAGUAUGCUUACACUGCCACGCUCCAGGCGAAAGUUGAAGACUUGGAUGAUCUACUGUACGCAGCUGAGAUCCUGGAGAUUGAGUAUCUGGAAGAACAGUGUCUGAAGAUUCUAGAGACCAUCCAGGCAACAGAUGAUAACGAUGCAGAAAUGACAGUCACUGAAGAUGAGGAUGGAGGGAAGGCCAAGUUUAACAAGAAUAUUUUGGUGACAAAACAACUUUCUGGUGAAGAGGUUGGUUUUACGAUUAACCAGGCUAUACCAGUCAGGACGAUGGAAGAACAAAGUCCUUCUGUCUCCACAUCAUUUGGGCUUUCAGCAAUGAGCCCCACCAAAGCUGCUGUAGAUAGUCUCAUGAGCAUUGGACAGUCAAUUAUUCAAGGGUCUUUACAACAAACCUCUGCAGACGAAGCAUUCGCUGCUGCGGAUAGGCAUCCCAUGGUAACUGAAGUCAAGCAUGAAAUGAUGCAGGUAGAGGAGGGCUCCAGUCCCAAGACUGGUGAGUCUGGCUCUUCAGGGAGUGAAAAGAUAUCUGACGCGGAUAGGUACAAGGAAGCCCCUGGCACACCAACACGUAGCAGUGUCAUCACCAGUGCCCGUGAGCUGCACUACGUUCGUGAGGAGAACUCUGGAGAGCAAGCUCACGAGGCAGGGCUGGGUGUACAAGGAAGCUUAGAGAGCAACCCCAAUAUGCAGGCUGAGAAACACAGCACAUUGUACCCUGUCCAAUUCAACCGCAGAACUGACGGCCUGUUGGAGGUGCCUACUUCCUUAUCCUCCGCUCUCCAUGUGCAGCCUACACUCUCUGUUGCUAUGGACUUUACUGGUUAUGGGGGGCUUCUGCCUCAAGGUCUCAUUCAGAGGGAACUUUUCAACAAAUUGGGCGAGCUUGCAGCGGGCAUGAAGUCUGAGAAUAGAUCCGCCAGUGAGAGGUGUAAUGUUUGUGGAAUGGAGCUAUCAGACAAUGAAGCCAUUGAGCAACACAGGAAGCUGCACAGUGGUAUGAGGACCUAUGGGUGCGAACUGUGUGGUAAAAGAUUCCUGGACAGCUUACGGCUACGGAUGCAUCUGCUUUCGCAUUCAGCAGGUGCAAAGGCCUUUGUUUGUGAUCAGUGCGGAGCACAGUUCUCUAAAGAAGAUGCCCUGGAAAGUCAUCGUCAGACCCACACCGGUACUGACAUGGCUGUCUUCUGCUUGCUCUGUGGGAAACGGUUCCAGACACAGAUUGCUCUGCAGCAGCAUAUGGAGGUGCAUGCUGGAGUUCGCACUUACAUCUGCAGCGAAUGUGACCGAACUUUUCCAAGCCACACAGCACUGAAGCGUCAUCUCAGGUCACACACAGGUGACCACCCGUACGAGUGCGAAUUCUGUGGGAGCUGCUUCCGAGACGAGUGUACUCUGAAGAGUCACAAGCGCAUUCACACUGGGGAAAAACCCUACGAGUGUAAUGGAUGUGGGAAGAAGUUCAGUCUGAAACACCAGCUGGAGACUCACUACAGAGUUCACACAGGUGAAAAGCCUUUUGAAUGUAAACUGUGCCAUCAACGGUCUCGGGACUACUCUGCUAUGAUCAAGCACCUACGCACCCAUAAUGGGGCAUCCCCUUACCAGUGCACAAUAUGCUUAGAUUACUGCCCCAGCCUUUCUGCUAUGCAGAAGCACAUGAAAGGCCACAAGCCAGAGGAUAUUCCGCCAGACUGGAGAAUAGAGAAAACGUAUCUCUAUCUGUGCUACGUCUAACCAUGAAAGCAAGAGAGGGGAAAAGAAAAACACUGCUGUGAAUGUGGGGAAGAAAAUUUGAUUUUUAAAAAUUUUUUUUGAACCAUUUUCUGUGUCUCACACAGUGCGCUUGGAAUUACCUCGUGUUGUAUGACCUUGUUCAGCUAAUAUUUUUUUUUCCCUGUUUGGAUGUCCUCCUUUCAUGUGCAGGCAUGGGUCAUUAAAUAAGUCGCAAAAUAUGACGGGCAGUAGCAACAAGUUUAAGUACUUAAAGGACUGCAAAGUGCCACAGCAGAGAAAGUAGUUUUGUUUUUGAGUGUGCGCAGUCAUUACCAAAUUAUUAUUUUUUCUUCCUUUUUUUGUGCUUUUUUGUUUAAAAAUGAAUGGAAAACGUCUCUUCCAGGUUAGGUAAGAGUCAAAACAUAUUCUGAAAGCUACCUCUUAUUUUUUUAAACUUUGUUUUGGCAAGUUAUUAAAGCACAGUUUGCAGUA